AGAGCCUAUUCUAUAACAAAAUCAGUUGCCAACAAAAGUCUCAACUUUACAUUACACAUAUUUCUUUUGAAUUCCCCCAAACACUUCAAUGGAGAACUCCGUAAACAACUGCGUGAGACAAAGAGUAUUCUCCAAUCACCAAAUCAGAAUGAUACACGAAGAAGAAGAUCAUGAAGAGAGUAGUUGGAUAGUCUACUUUGAAGAUAUUGAUCAUGAUGAUGAAAUGGUAGAAACUGAAGGAGAAAUGACUCAUUACUACGAUAAUGAUUCAUCGAUGAUCUCAGACGCUGCAUCUCCUGUCCAUACCACAAAGAUUAAUAAUGUUGUUCGUCGAAAGGCUAAUAACAUUAAUACAAACCCUAAAAAGCGACGAAUCAUUCAUCAACACAAAGAAGAAGAAGAAGAAGAACUACAAAAAGGAGAAGAAGAAGAAGAAGAUGAAGAAGACACUGCUUCUUCUCCUUCUAAUAAAACCAAGAUUUUUAGUGUCUUGGACCAUGCUAAUGAUAAUACAAGAUAUGGAAAAACCAUGGACAAUGUUACAUCCGAGGAAAUUGGAUGCAUAACAGAAACAGGAUCAAAGAUAAAAGAAAUUAUGAAUGAAGAAUUCUCUGCAGAAUUGAAGAAGAGAGGACUUUGUGUAGUUCCUUUAUCCAUGUUAUCUAACUUUAUUGCUUGAUGAUUCUUUUAUUUUACUCUCUAAGUUUUAACUGUUAUUAUUAUUUUUUAUUCUUCUGAUUCUUUGAUGUAAAAUUGUUACUAUGAUUGAUUGACAAGUAAAAUGUAUAGAAAAUCGAAUUCUUAUUGAGAGUUAAAC